AAAAAAGAGGCAUUAAGCGCAUGUCGAUAGCUUGCUACACGUUGGUAUCCGUUAGGUUGUUGUCGCGGUAAGGCCAGCAGCGUAGUUUAAUAGGGCCGACACCAAUGGCUUCGGUAUUGCCUUCCUUACUCAAUACACACAAUGGCCAGGGAAUGCAGGAAAACAUAUGAAGUUGAGGCUCUGUGUAAAGCAGCCGAGACUAUUGCUUCUAGCGGACUGAAACUUACUGCCAAGCUAUUGUAUAACGAAGUGUGCUCCGACACGCGCUUGAAGGGCUUGACGUAUAAACAAGCAUUACAAACUAUCGUGGCUACUGGGAAGGAAGCGUCGCCAAAGACAUUGCUGCAGGAAAUGGGGCGGCCCAGUAUCACUGUAGGCAUGGUGCGGAAUCGACUGCGGAAGGAACAAAGUCAAAAAGAUACGGUCGCUCAUAGUGAACUGUUUGAAGGUAGCCACUGUUUCGCUGACGACAUUGCUCCGUCGCACAAACGAAGGUGACAAUGUUCCAAGCACUGCUCAAAAGGAGAGCGGUAUGGGUACGUUGUUUAUUAUGAGUGCAUUUCAGAAAAGGUGCUGGAGGAAUGCUGCACCGAAGAGAGCGUACCACUGAAUACUAGCCCAACAUGCUCUGAAUGCCACCCACAAACCCCUGCCCACAUAGAAGAAGACAACUUUGGCGAUGAGGCUCUGCCAGCAUAUGACAAACGCAGUGGAGUGCAGAGGUGCACCUACACUACAGUUGAAGCAGCAGAGGAAGCCUGCAGAUCUCCAUCCCCUCCCCUCCCCUGCCAAAGCUUGGCUCCCAAACUCAGCCUCUCUGGAUGUUAUAGCCUCCACGGUUCAAUACACUUUUCCUAUGCAAGCCAUGCCACCGCCCUGUCCUCCCCACCCCUACUUUCCUGUUGCCUUACCUUUCCUCGCUUUCCUUUCACCACCAACCCUGUUCUUGCUUUCCUAUCCCUUUCCCUGCCCACGCCAUCCUUUAGCUUCCAUGCCUUUAUUGUUCUCUCCCCGUGACUCCCCUUGCCAACCCAUUCCCACCCCAUCCCUGUGCUCGAAUGAGGGUGACAGCGAGGGCAACUGAUACCUAGGACCGUGCGUCAGUUACUGUGCACGCCUAUGAUACCCUCGAGUUGCCAACGCAAUUGCGACCCUGCUUAGCAAGACGGCUUGCCCCUGAGGGCCGCAGACGCCGGGCUUGCUGGUGCAAUAUGCCAAUUCGCACUAUCCAGGCAUGCCCCUCGACGCUGUAAACGCCUCCCUCAUAUGACCCUACGCAGCCAUCUGACCCUCCCAAACGGGACACCCAUGCGCCACUCUCCUAAGCAGCCUCGUCAGCCCCCCAGCCCGCCACCUUACCCACCCAAGCAUGACUCCCACACACCGCCAUCAUAAACAGCCGCGAAAACGCACCCAACCACCCCACCACACCGUAACCCCCCCAUGCUACACACCCAUUUGGGCAGGCCAUGAGAUCGCUUCGGUCUGGCUGUUUGCACUCUUCUCUGUUUUGCUCACAGAAUACGCUGGCGUACUCUACGACAUGUCGCAGAGACUUGAGAAGGUGCCGUACACCCAUCGGCUGCAUGAGGUUAUCCCGCGGAUGUUCCGUGCGCCACCGAGUGGCGAAGAGUACGUCCCGUUCCGGCCAUCCGAGGAGUUCUUUGCUAACGCCAGGUCCAUUGUGGGCUGGUGGAACCAGCUGCUCCCCGCCGACCACCCUGACGUGGUGCGAGUGCGGAGGGUGCUGCAGCAGCUGGCUGUUGCUGCUGCUGCGGGCCGGGGUGGGGGCCAGUACGACCACAUGUGUGCUGACAUGCCGUGGGAGGUGGCGGUGGUGGCGCCCAUGGUUGGAGCCAGCGAGGAGCCGCUUAAGGGGCGGGAGGAGGAGCGCAAGCCACAGUUGCGUUCCUGUGUGCCCGCUGACGAGGCCUGGCUGGCAUUCGACUACCCGACUUGCGUCUUCUCCUUCGGCGAGGCCUCAAUGCACGAAGUCCUGCUCCACCAGCGCACGUUGCAGCUGGCGGGGGAGGAUGAGUCACUGCUGGCCGCAGCGCUGGCGCACAAGCUGGCGGGAAAGCUGGCACGGCAUGAGCUGGAAUUCCCAUGGCACUUCGACACCGAUAACAAGUUCGGCUACGUGGGAAAGCUUGUGGAGCAGUGGCUGCAUCCUGAGGAUGUGUGGGUGACUGAUAAGCACAGGCGCACGCACGAGGCCGACCUCAUCGCCGUACACCUGCUGUCCGAGGCCGGGUACGACCCCGCGGGCAUGGUACGAUGGCUGGAGCGCAUUCAGGAGCAGGAGCAGCGGGAGCGAAAGCAGCGCAAGAGCCCAGCCUCCGAACAGGCGCCGCCGCAGCAGCAGGAGCUUAGCCCGGCCAUGCGCGACCGCCGGCAACGUCAGCUGUAUGUCAAGGCGGCCACCCUUUCCGAGGCUCAGGACCCGCCGCCUUUGAUGCGCUGGUUCAAGAAGGUGGGGGAGCAGAAGGAGGUGCAGAAGAAGCAGCGGCGGGAGCAGGAGCGGCGGGAGCAGGAGCAGCGCAAGAGCCCUGUUCACGAGGAGGCGACGGCGCCGCCGCCGGCACAGGAGCUCAGCCUGACCAGCCACGACCGUCAACAGCUGCAGCUCCAGGCGCACGUCACGGCGGCCACCCUUUCCGAGGCUCUCGACCUGCCGCCCAUCCGGCGGCGGUUGGAGCGCUUGCAGCGGCAGCUGAGGCGCAUGGAGAAGGGAGGCCAGCUGAAGCCGCGCAUCACCGAGCCCGCCCAGCAGCCCAGGCCCAUUACUGCAUGAGGAGCCGCCCGCCUGCUAUCUUCAUCGGCACCGCUGCCGUGUUACAGGCGCUCCUUGACGGACGGCAAGCGUGCAUGCAACAGGCCUAGCCCUUAUGUGAGGCAGGGCAGGCACGGAUCAGGACAGUGUGUAGGUGUGCGUCAGUGACUGCCUGAGGCUUGCUUGAGGUUGAUUAUAGGAGGUUAUGUUAUGUAUAUGCGGUGCAUAUACAAGAUGUUUGUUUGCGUAUGCGUGAUCAGGCUGGUGGGUUAGCGGUGGCGGCCGUACCGGUAUGGCGGCGUAAAACAGUGACAGGAUACGGGUGAGUAGUGGUACGCUGGAGACGCAGAAUUCAGUAUAAUGGUACAUCAGAGCUUUGGCGUGGCAAUUUGUAAAGGUGAGCCAGUGUCGUAUAGGUUAGAGAACCUCCUUAGCAGGUGGUAAUAAGGGGAUUGGACAAACACCCAUCCAAACACGCACGCCGAGAAUGUAAAGGUACAUCUGCC